AUGAAUGGUGCCAUCAAAUUUAUAUUUUUAUUUCUGUUAGGAGUUAUUUCAGCAACUAUUUACGAAAACAGUAAAGUUGAUGUCGAAGAAUCCUCUAAAAUUCUUUCAAGAAGAAAGCGAUUCAUUGUGUUUCCCGAUGGAAGCUCCUUCCAGUUGGUGUUCUGUGCUCAAAAUCAGGGUUAUCUACAAGUUGGAGAUGUUGUGUGGUUUGGUAAUACAGCGGCUUUAGCCUGGCAACUUCCGUCGGAUCCGCAAUCAUUUUAUUUGUUCAAGGAUCAUGAUAAACUUCAUGAAGCUCAGAGAAGAAAUGGAAUAACAAAAACUAUAUACUUUUUGGAUGAAAAUGGAAAAGUUCUCACUAAAAUGCCAUAUCGCAAGAGACCUAUAAUCAAUCCAGCAUUUGCUAAGCGAAGCAUAGAUGGACAAAUUCAGAAUAAAAGAAAUCUGACACAGGCAAUCAAGCAAUUACAUGAUGCGCAAUUAAAAAAUGAUUUUCUGGAAAGUUUAGAUAAAGACAGCAUAACAUUUCAUAGAGAAGGACGAAAAAGCUUUUACGCUAAAUUCGAAAAGUUUUUACAUGGAAUGGGUUGGCGUGGCCGAGAAUGCCUCCUACGCAUGCUUUGUGAGACAGGUCGAGGUAAAACUGAACAAGGCACGUUCCUUCAGGAAAUCAUGAGGGCUACGCUUACGUUACCGCAAGGAAAAAAAUUUGAUACGGAAUACUACAAUGAAUACGACAAAGCCCAUUUUAGUGACGGCGACUGUGAAACACUCUACCCACAAUGUGAUAAAUUGUAUUAA